AUGCCUGUUCUUAAGAAGUUUGUGGUGUUUUUUUGUCUUGGCAGAAUCAAGCAGUGCAAGAACUACUAUGAGAUUCUCGGCGUGCAGAAAGAUGCUUCUGAAGACGACCUUAAGAAAGCCUACAGAAAACUGGCGUUAAAGUUUCACCCUGAUAAGAACCACGCUCCGGGAGCCACGGAGGCGUUUAAAGCCAUAGGAAACGCAUAUGCAGUUCUGUCUAAUGUGGAAAAGAGACGUCAGUACGAUCAGCUGGGCUCGACCCGAUCCAGCCAGACCAACGACACACACUUCCAGGCCGAUAUUUCACCUGAAGAUCUCUUCAACAUGUUCUUCGGAGGAGGAUUCCCUUCUAGUAAUGUUCACAUGUACAGUAAUGGACGGAUGCGCUUUAAUCAGAAUCAUGGCGAGAGAGGAGAACACAGAGGGGGAGGUCUUGCUCUUCUCAUGCAGUUGAUGCCCAUCCUCAUCCUCGUCAUCGUAUCAGCGCUCAGUCAGAUGAUGGUGACCAACCCACCCUACAGCCUCAGCUUCAGACCGUCAGCGGGUCACACACACAAGCGCGUGACGGAGAAUCUGGCCGUGACGUUUUACGUGAACGAGCGUUUCUCUCAGGACUACAGCGGCGCGAAUCUGAAACGUGUGGAGAGCAGUGUGGAGGACGACUACAUCUCCAACCUCAGGAACAACUGCUGGAAAGAGAAACAACAGAAGGAGGGUCUGCUGUACCGUGCGCGGUAUUUCGGGGACAGUGAUCUGUACCAGCGGGCUCAGCGGAUGGGAACCCCGAGCUGCUCUCGGCUGUCUGAGGUUCAGGCGUCUUUACACUGAUAGAUGAAGCUUCACUGCACUACCUGGUUCCAAAAACAAUCUCUCCAGUCUGGAAUAUGGAAGAACGCCAUACAUUUCUUUGAAAAACAGGGCUGAGCAUUGCAACAACUACUGAACUUGACUAGAAAGACUUACUGAGGGCUGAAGCUGUGUGUGCGUGUACAUGCAUGCAAAGGAUUAUGUGUGUGUGUGUGUGUGUGUGUGCGUGUGCGUGCGUGUGUGUGUACAUGCAUGCAUGCUGAGGACCACGUACGUGAGCGCGCGUGUGUGUGUGUGUGUGUACAUGCAUGCAUGCUGAGGACCACGUACGUGAGCAAGUGUGUGUGUGUGUGUGUGUGUGUGUGUGUGUGCGCGCGUUCGUGUACAUGCAUGCUAAGGAUUUUGUGAGUGUGUGAAACCAGAGCUGGUGUUUUGGACUCCUGUGGAUGAAGGGCGUUUCCUCGCAGUCUGAAUGUUCUGGCCUGAAUCAAAGUUCAUGGUGUUGUUUCUCUAAUUUCAGCCUUAUUUUCAGCUCUGGCAGGAAUCAACAAUCUGGUGUUGCAUUAUGAAACAGACUGGAGGUCCGAUGACAAUAUCUGCAUAUAUUUAUUUGAGUUUGUUUAGAACGAGAUCAUGUCUUUUUAAUGAUUUAUAUUUGUAUGUUUGAGAUUUAUCUAUGCAGGGAUCUUACUGAUUAAAUUAUUGCGUGUCCUGCGUGUUAGGAGUAACUACGGCUGCUGUACACAGGUGAUAUUUAUUGAAGGAUUGAAUAGGAAUAUUUAUUUCAUAUGAAGUUUUAUUUUCUACAUGACUUAGUUUCAUCGCUGAUAGAGACUACGCUGCAAUUAUUUCACUCUGAAUACAAAUAAAGGUUGUACGUGUCCUCUGA